CUCCCCAAUCUACUCUCUUCUUCUCACCACCACUCGCCGCUACCAGCCAACCCCAAACAAAAAACACUGCCAAAACAUCCCUGCCGCUCUCGCGAGGCGUCCUCCAUGCUCCAUUCCUUCCAGAGCCGGAGAAUGGAGCGUUUUGCCGUUACCUUCUUUCUCCUCCUGAUCUCCAUAUUCUGUCUCGCAGAUGGAGGUUCCAUCGGAGUGAACUACGGCCGGAUAGCCAACAACCUCCCGUCGGCGGUGAAGGUUGUCCAGCUGCUUAAAUCUCAUGGCAUAGAGCGAGUCAAGGUGUAUGAUUCCGACCCGGCGGUUCUCCGGGCUCUUUCCGGAUCCGGAAUCAAAGUCACCGUCGAUUUGCCAAACGAACUCCUAUCCUCCGCCGCCAAGAUGGCCUUUGCCUCCACGUGGGUCCAGCGCAACGUCGCCGCCUACCACCCCUCCACCCAAAUCGAGGCAAUCGCCGUCGGCAAUGAAGUGUUUGUUGACCCGCACAACACGACCCGGUUCCUGGUACCCGCCAUGAAGAACAUCCACCAAGCCCUCGUCAAGUACAACCUCGACUCCUCCAUCAAAGUCUCCUCUCCCAUUGCGCUCAGCGCCCUCCAAAACUCAUACCCGUCUUCCGCCGGAUCCUUCCGACCCGAACUCGUCCAAACGGUUUUCAAACCCAUGCUCGAGUUCCUCCGCGAAACCGGGUCGUUCCUCAUGGUGAACGCCUACCCUUUCUUCGCCUACGAGUCAAACUCCGAUGUAAUCUCCCUCGACUACGCCCUCUUCCGGGAAAACCCAGGCGUCGUCGACGCCGGCAACGGCUUGCGCUACUUCAGCCUGUUCGACGCCCAAGUCGACGCCGUCUUCGCGGCAAUGUCAGCGCUCAAGUACGACGAUAUCCGAAUGGUGGUGUCCGAAACAGGCUGGCCGUCGAAGGGCGACGAGAACGAGAUCGGAGCAAGCGUGGAAAACGCCGCCUCCUACAACGGCAACCUCGUCCGUCGCGUGCUCACCGGCGGCGGGACGCCGUUGCGGCCCAAAGCCGAUCUAACCGUCUUCCUCUUCGCCCUCUUCAACGAGAACCAGAAAACGGGUCCAACAUCGGAGCGGAACUACGGGUUGUUUUACCCGAGCGAGGAGAAGGUCUACAACAUCCCGUUCACGGUCGAGGGGCUGAAGGGCUACCGCGAGGACCGUUCGCCGGUGACGGGGAGGGUGUCGAGGCCGGUGGGUGGCGGCAGGAACGUAUCAGCGAGCGUGUCGGGGCAGACUUGGUGCGUGGCGAAUGGGGAGGCGGGAAAAGAGAAGCUACAGGCGGCUCUAGAUUACGCCUGUGGGGAAGGGGCCGCCGAUUGCCAUCCGAUCCAGCCGGGGUCGCCGUGUUUCGAUCCUAACACGCUCGAGGCACACGCUGCGUAUGCUUUUAACAGCUAUUAUCAGAAGAAGGGCCGUAAGAUGGGCACGUGUUUCUUCGGUGGGGCCGCUUAUGUUGUCUCGCAGCCUCCUAAGAUAGGGAAGUGUGAUUUCCCAACUGGAUACUGAAGAAGAUGACGGGAAAUAUGGAUAUAGAAGCUAAGCUGUUGUUUUUUGGUUGGGGGGGGGCGGUCGCGUGUAUUUAUUAAAGUGGUUGGGUUGGGUGUAGUUAGACUAAUUAAUUAUUGUCACUUGGGCUUCGUGCUUUUAUCUGUAAUUAAGAGACUCACCAAGUGUGUCAAAUCUCUUCUUUGUAGUCUCGUUCCUUCUCACUGCUAGCUACUGCUAAUGAAUGUAAUGGCUCAACCAUAACACCCUUUUUGGUAAAUGAUCAUCGGAAUUUUAGCCC